AUGGAUCACCCCAUGCAAGAUGCCCCGGCCGAUGUGCUGGCGAAUGCCAGACAGACGCUUGAGGCUUUGAAGAGCUCGGGACUUUCGCGCGAGGUUUUGCUGCAGAUGUGGGAGGCCGACGACAGAGCACAGCAGCAGCAACAGCAACAACAACAACAACAGCAGCAGCAACAGCAGCAACAGCAUCACUCACCUCAACCGGAUGCUGCCAUGGAGGACGCUUCCACACGAGCCAUUCACCAUGGCCACAUAGGUCACCGACCGCGAAUUUCCGUAUCCUCGACGAGCUCAGGUUCAUCUGGUCAUGCCAGUAUCUGGUCCAUGGGAUCCGCCCAAUCGAAUGCGACCGUCGCUACCAACUACUCCCAAUCCUCCCAGACCUCUUCGCCGUGUCAGCAAUCGGCCCCUCAGGCCGCUGUCGGUGUCCCUGGUAGCAUGCCCCAGGUAGCAAGCGCCCAAACUGGAUGGGGUCCCGGUCGCUUCAACUUUUACUGGUGCACAUCCUGCGAGACGAGAUUCAAGCGCAAGUACGACUGGAAGCGUCACGAAGAAGAGUUCCAUGAGCGUUGGAAGAAGUACCCAUGCCCCGAGCCUGGCUGCAACCGAAGUUUCUGGGGAGCCAACACCUUCAACCAGCACCACAAGGCGUCUCACGGCUGCAAGUCGUGUCCCCACUCCGAAAAGGUUGUCAAGUAUUUGAAGAGGAGAAAGUACUGGGCUUGUGGCUUCUGCUCCGCGCUCCACCCCUCGAGAGAACGCCACGUCGAGCACGUGGCGAGACAUUUCGAGUCCGGCAAGACAAAAUCCGACUGGAUGCAUUCCAGAGUCAUCUAUGGUCUUCUCCAUCAGCCUCUGAUCCACGAAGCUUGGAAGGACAUCCUGCUGUCAAGGGCAAAUGAAUUCAACGGACGUCAGCCCAACUUUAGUUGGGACCCGACACAGACCGGCCGUGCUCAGGGCUUCAUGGAGAAUGAGAGCCCCGGUCAACUUCAGGAUCUACUCGAAUUCUUCUCGGGUCCUAGUACCGAGGCCGAACAUAUCGUCAAAAUCGCGUACAAGCUCGCCGACCUCGUGUUCCUCCAGGUACCUGCGUCACCGCCCAUGCAAUACCAACAAUGCUACCCUCCCCCUCCCACGAUGCCUCAACAGUACCCCCCUCAGCCGCUUCUUCCUCCUCCUUCGAUACCCUCUCAAACUCUGCCGACGCAGUCACCUCAGCCUCCUAUCCUUUCGUCUCAGGACUCGUCACCUGGACCUUUCAUGGAGCAGAUGAGGGCGCAGUCUAUGAUGCCAGCGCCGUUGUUUCACACACCACAACCACGAGCCGCGACAGAACCCCUUCGCCGCGCGUCACUCGACAGAGAGUUACCGCCGCCGCCGCCGGAGACACAGCCCAUGAACUUCAGCUACAUCCCCGAUGGCAUGGUCUUCGAGGACUGGGAGAGCUUCUCGAGCACAGUCGUCGAUGAAAACGCACCAGUACCGACGCCAAUGUCAACAGAAUGGCCGCUGAUGCCUGUACAAUAUUACAACGCCCCCGUGGGGCCAUGA